AGUUUUGUUACGUGUAGAGAUUGAAAUAUUGUAAACUCUGUGAAAAUUGUGCAAAUUAUUAUAAACAAAUAUCAACAAGCCACUGGUCUCUGGCUGCCAUGAAGUUCUAUGCCGAGAUGCUGGACGUGCUCUACAUGCGCGAGUUUCAUGCGAUUGCCGCCACGUUGGCCAAGCUGGCCAAGGAUUGCAUCAUGAUAUUGGCGCAGGAGCAAAUGCAUUUCAUUGUAAACGAGGAGCAUUGCUCAACCUCAUCGCCGCUCGUGUGGGUCAGCAUAGCAUCGAAAGACUAUUUUCCAGAGUUCCAAAUGACGCCAGCACGUCCUGAGCAGGAGUUCAUAGUGCUUGUUAUGUCCGCAAUGCAUCUGAGUCGCGCUCUGGCAGUCCUACGUUCUGGCUCUAGCAGUAGUGUCCACAGCUGUAAACUGAAUCUGAAGCAAAUACAAUUUCCAUGCAUCUCAGUGAUAGCGUCGGUGGUAUCGCCCAGUUCCUCUGAGCCUCGUGAGGUGGUGCACGAUGUGCCCGUUACCGUGGUCCCGCCCAGCGAUUGGAUCUCUUAUAUGUUGCCCAAGGUGCCGAACACACAGAUUGUCCUCGGAAUUCCUUCGCUUCGUCUACUACGUAGUCUGAUUGAUAAGUUAAAAAAUAUAUCGCCAAGUCUCAUAUUCCAUGGCAGCACUGCCGGUGAACUAAAUCUGGUGGCCGAAUCUGAUAUGGCUACCAUAACAACGCGUUUCAGCCGCGUGCUGCUGCACAAGCCGGAUCAGGAACAGUCGGAAGUAGGAGCAGAAGCUGAGGCGGACGUCUCCUGUUCCGUAGACACACGUAAAGCAUCUGCUUUUUUCAACGCACUGCAGUUGCCCAAUGAGGAGAUCAUGAUCGGGAUUGACAGUGAACGUUGCAUCUGUUUGCAGCUGGAUAUUCGCAGCAAUGUGGUUCUACAUUCGAUUCUUCCUGCUGUUUGCAUUUAAAUUUAAGAAUGAACAAAACUAAGCGCGAAUAAACUAAUAUCGAUAUGCACAUAUGCGUGCGCCAAAUAUCGAUAUGCAAAUGGCCAGCACAUCAUCGAUAA